AUGGGCUUGCGUGCUUAUACGCACUUCUUCGAGCCUCUCCCCAUCCUCCAGAGGCUUCUCACCACCCCUCUUCCCACGUCUGCCUUCUCACUGUCUCCCGCUCUGUCUCCCACUCUUUUUCACACCCCGCCUUCCUUUCCUCCCUCGCCUUCCCACUCAUCCCCUCCCAGCUUCGAGCCUCUCCUCAUCCUCCAGACGCUUCUCACCACCCCGCUUCCCAAUUCCGCCUACUCACCUGCUCCCACUCUGUCUCCCACUCUUCUUCACUCACACCCUGCCUGCCUUUCCUCCCUCCCCUGCUCUCCCAGCUUCGAGCCUCUCCCCAUCCUCCAGAAGGUUCUCACCACCUCUCUUCCCAAGUCCGCAACAGUACCUCAGGCAGGCGCGAAAUCCGAGGCCGAAGCAGCAGCCUAUGGGCUCUCACUCCCGGACCAACAGGCAGUUGAGGCUCUUUUUGCACUCAAAGCUGAUGCCGCGGCGCUUGCCGCUUGGGAAAACCUUUCGCGGGAAGCUGCGGGCGGGCAGCAGGAAUAUUUCAAGUCGGCGUUUGAGAGCGUGUCCUGA